AUGAAACACGACACGAAGACGCGCAAGUCCAGCUCCUCCUUCAUACAGAUAACAAGUGGAAAUUUUUAUUUUAUUGAUGCAUCUACUUAUCAACAGCCCAACUUUGGUCUACUCUUCGACAUUGACGGAGUGUUGCUACGUGGUUCAACUCCCAUUCCCGAGGCAAAAGUUGCAAUGGACUUACUCAAAGGCAAAGAUGGAAAACUGCGCGUGCCAAUUGCCUUUGUUACAAACUCCAUGUCCCAACCGGAGGUGAAGAGGAAGCAACUGGAAUCAACCUUCAAUAUCCAGUUAGAACUGGAGCAAAUCAUCUUCGCCCCGAGUCCUUUCAAAUCAUUUGCCCAGUGGCACCACCACAAAGUUCUCGUCGUGGGACAAGGUGAUGUUAGAGAAUGGGCGAGUGAUUUGGGUUUCACGGAUGUCUAUACAAUGGACCAGGUGGCCAAGGCCUACCCGCUUUUGGACAUGGUUGAUCAUGAAAACAGGAAAAUUGUCGUAAGUGCAAUCCUACUUUUGGGUGAGCCAACGCACUGGGAGAUGUAUCUCCAACUGCUUAUCGACCUCCUUGUCACCAAUGGUAAGCCAGACCAUAAGCCGGAGAAUUAUCCUGACAGUCAUCUUCCCAUCCUUGCGUGUAACAUGGAUCUCCUCUUCAUGGCUCAAGCUUCAAUGCCCAGGCAAAUUUGGGCACGGAGCCUUUCUUGUCUGCCUGGAGUCCUUCGAGUAACGGGACACCCUCUUCGAUAUACAGCAUUAGUUGGAAAACCCAGUGAAAUUACCUAUCGCUUUUCGGAACAUAUUUUGAGCAAGACAUCUCUUCGUUUGGGCUACACACGUCCAAUCAGGAGGAUUUACUUUUUCGGGGACAACCCCGAAGUGGAUAUAUUGGGCGCCAAUCUGUAUAACAUGUAUCUUCGCCGUUACCGUCGUUUAUCGGGUGGCCGUGAGGUGGCCCCUCCGGAACAGGCCAGGUUGGACAAAAAAGCGGCAGUCGCUUCGUCCAGAACAGUGCCAGCUGACGCAACCUUCCUUCCCCAGACUGCCCGUGGUGUCGAAUCUAUUCUGGUUUGCACUGGUGUCUACAAGCCAGAUGACCGUGAUAAGCGUCAACUAACACAACCACAAAAUUGUCAUCGUGACUUCCUUGGUGCCACCGAUUUGGUUCUGCCCAGUUUUGAGGUUGUUGAUGUGCUCGAGGGCAUGAAGCUUCUACUUUUGGAGGAACACUUCAACCCCAAACUGGCUUAG